AUGCAGAUCUCGUCGCAAAAACCAACAGAUAAUUCGACGAGUAGAUUCUGGAAACCAGGUAGUGCUCGUCCACCUCGACAACAAUCCUCGUCGAUUGUUGAUCGACAAGAUUCCACCUCGGAGAAUGUCGAUCUCUACCAACAUUCCUCAAUGUCAAUUUCUCAACACCGUCGAAACCUUCCAAUUGCGAAUUAUCGUACACAUAUCUUGUAUUUACUGGAAAAAUAUCGAACAAUCAUUAUCAUUGGGCAAACUGGUAGUGGCAAAUCAACUCAAAUUCCUCAAUAUCUUCUCGAAGGUGGUUGGACUCGAAAUGGGAAAUUAAUCUGUAUGACUGAACCUCGUCGGAUUGCAACUGUGCAAUUAGCUCAACGUAUUGCCGAUGAAAAGGAUGUUAUCUUAGGGAAAGAAGUUGGUUAUCGUAUUCGUUUUGAAGAUGUUUUUACAAGUGGAUUAACACAAGUUAUUGUUGUGACGGAAGGUCUUCUUUUACGUGAGAUCAUGUAUGAUCCACUGUUAACACGAUAUAAUGUUGUGAUUAUCGACGAAGCACAUGAGAGAUCGAUUCAGACUGAUCUUUUGUUAGGUUUGUUGAAGAAAAUCCAACGACGCCGGCGUGAUUUACGAUUGAUCGUCACAUCUGCAACGAUUGAUAGCGAACGAUUACGUGCGUUUUUCGAACAUCAAACAACUCCGAUUGUCCGAGGCGAAAAUCAAUCGACAGAAGAAGAAGAAGAAAAGCUUGAAGAAUGCUUUAUUAUGAGUGUUGAAGGUCGUUCGUAUCCAGUGGAAAUCUUUCAUACAUCCGAAUCUGUACCUGAUUAUCGCAAAGCGUGUGCAGAAGCUUGUAUUGAAAUACAUGAAAAAGAGAAAUACAACGAACAGGGUGAUGUUCUUUGCUUUGUAUCUGGACAAGAAGAUAUCGGACAUAUAACUCGUGAAUUAAACGAAUAUGCAAGACGGUUGAGUGAUGAACAACAACAUUUGAAACGCAAAGAUGAACGGAAGAAGUUGAUUAUCUUACCGUUAUACGCGAGUUUGAAAUUUAUUGAUCAAAUGAAAGUUUUCGAGAAAACGCCACCUAACACGCGGAAGAUUAUUGUGGCGACAAACAUCGCAGAAACGAGUAUUACAAUUCCAGGAAUUGUGUAUGUUAUCGAUUGUGGUUAUGUUCGAUUGAAAUUAUUCAAUCCGGAGUUCGGCUUUGAAGUUCUAACAACAUUACCGGUAACACGUUCAUCGGCGUUACAACGUGCUGGUCGAGCUGGUCGUGUUCGUUCGGGAAAAGCUUAUCGUCUCUAUCCUGCAUCCGAAUACGAAAAAAUGAAAGAAUUUCAACUCCCCGAAAUGCAACGAUGUGACUUAGCACUCGCUGUUCUUCAAAUCAAAGCAUUAGGCAUUCAUAACGUCGUUCGAUUUGACUUUCCAUCGCCACCACCUUCGAAAAAUCUUCUCCAAGCGAUCGAAUGUCUCUACGCAUUACGCGCUAUUGACGAACAAUCGCGUUUAACGGCAGAUUUAGGAAUGAAAAUGGCGGAAUUACCAUUGCAUCCGACACAUGCGCGUGCUUUAUUGAUUUCGGCUGAAUAUGGUUGUACACAAGAAAUGUUGAAAAUUAUCGCAUCGCUUCAAGUGAAACACGUAUUCAUCAAUCCUCCGAACGAAAAAAUGCGUGCAGCUAAAUUACACGCGAAAUUCGCUUGUCAAGAAGGCGAUCUGAUUACAGUGUUAAAUGUUAUCAAAGCAUUUGAACAACAAAUGGCACCGCAACAAUUCUGUGAUAAACAUAUGCUAAAUCUCAAAUCGCUAAAACGUAUUCUUGAAAUCAAAGAUUCUUUAGAAAAAUCUCUUCGCCGUUUAAUAUCAAAACCAAGCACAAUUUCUUCUUCAACGGGUGACGACGUGAUACCAGUACUUAAAUGUCUAACCGACGCAUUUUUCAUGAAUGCUGCACGCUUAGCAAUGGAUGGUUAUACCUACCGAACAUUUCGUGGUUCAUCUCAGGAACUCUAUAUGCAUCCAUCAUGUAUUUUAUCUCCAAUUUUAUCAGCACAAGAAACUACGCAAAGUCAAUUGCCUAAAAUAAUCUUGUUUAAUGAAUUAAUUCAAUCAUCGAAGAUGUUCAUGUCGGAUAUCACUGUUAUUGAACAAAAUUGGUUGUAUGAAAUCGCGGGACAUUACUAUGAGCAGUUAUCGACACGACAAUGGAUGUUGAAAGAAUCGUAUGAAUUUGAAUAA